AUGUCCGAAUCUGAGCUCAGGAAGCGUUCUGGGUCUCGAGGAUCCCAGAAAGACGUGCCAAAGCCAAAAUCGAGCUCGAAACCAGCAAAGGCACGCUCAGGAGCAGCCCAAUGGAUUGGUUUGGCGGCGUUGGUGCUUGGAUUGGGGUAUUGGUUCUCUGGAAGCUUGGUUGGACGGGAUGAAAGCUGGAAACCUGUACCUGCUAAGGACUCAAAGAUAAACCCAGCGUACGGCGUCGACCACGAACGAAGAGAUGCGGUGGUAGCCGCAUUCAAGCAUGCCUGGUCAGCUUAUGAACGAGACGCAUACGGCUACGACAACUACCACCCAAUCUCCAGAAAGGGUUCAAACCUCUCCAAAUCGGGAGGGAUAGGCUACAUGAUCGUCGACGUUAUCGACAGCCUUCAAAUCAUGAAUCUCACUUCAGAGUACGCUCGUGCGCGUGAAUGGGUAGCCAACGAACUGUCUUUCGAGCGAGACGACAGUUUCAACACAUUCGAAACGACCAUUCGCGUUCUCGGAGGUCUCUUAUCGGCAUACCACCUCUCAGACGAGGACCCAAUCUACCUGGAGAAGGCUCAAGACCUUGGAGAGAGGAUACUGGAGGCAUUCAAGACGCCUUCCGGACUUCCAUUGCCGAUGGUCAACCUGAAGAAACGCAGAGGUGUUGGAGAGGACUGGCAUCCGGGCUUGGUGGGGACGGCUGAGGCUGCGACGCUUCAGUUGGAACUGAAGUAUCUCAGCCAUCUCACCGACAACGAAGAGUUUUGGUACAAGGCGGAGAGGGUUUUGAACGUCAUCCGGAACGCCAGGGCGGAGGCAGGGCUGGUUCCCAUUUACAUGGAUGCGGAUACCGGUCGUUAUCUUCCUUCGGAAAUUCGCCUGGGAUCUCGCGGAGACUCUUUCUAUGAAUACCUCCUGAACGUAGAGAGGACGUGUACCGUCAGGCAUGCUACUCUUCUCCUAACGCUCACCUCCACAAUCUCUGAUCCCUCCCCCCAGAUGUACGAAGAAUCCAUGGACGGAAUCCACACCGCCCUCCUCCAAAAGGGUAUCCACCAGGGCCACACAUAUACCAGUGAAUUCAUCGUCGUUCCCGACCCAUACACAGGCCACCCCGCCGGUUACGAGCGCUCCCCCAAGCAAGACCACCUCGUUUGUUUCCUCGGCGGGUCGUUGAUGCUCGGCGCAGUCACGACAGGCUCUUUCGUCGACAACGUCAGCAUUCCACCUCGCGACUCUGAAUUGACGGAUGUUGGAAAACGGGAUUGGUUGACGGGUUAUGAGUUGAUCGAGACGUGCAUGGACACGUAUGAUAGUGCGACGUAUGUCUUUGCUUUUAUCGGGCGCGCUGGGGGACGCCAAGGAGAACAAUUUCAAGGAUUGGUAUGUGAAAGGAAUGGAGUACGUCUGACCCACUCUUUCCUCCUCCGUUCACGCCUGACGCAUCGAGUUAACAGAGACCCGACUGCCCCACCCUCCUACGACGCUCGCUACAUGCUUCGGUGUGCUUUAUCCACUCCUUUCUCUUCUUUUCCACCUCUGACAAACUCUUUCUGUUUUUUCAGACCGGAAACCGUCGAAUCGCUCUUCAUCGCCUUCCGGCUGACAGGCGAUAACCGCUACCGCGACUACGGCUGGAAGAUCUUCCAAGCUAUCGAGAAGCAUGCUCGGGUGGACAGUGGAGGAUACGUCACAGUGCUGGACGUGAACAAUCCCAAUAGCGAGAAGGAGGAUAAGAUGGAGACGUUCUAUCUGUCUGAGACACUCAAGUAUUUGUACCUGCUGUUCUCGGGCCCGGACGUUAUCCCACUCGACCGCUACGUGUUGAACACGGAGGCUCAUCCGCUUCCAGUGUUCUCGCCGAGCAUUCGGACAGGGUUUGCUUACUAG